GUGCAAGAAGCAAAGAGAGGGACGUUUGAAUGGCGGAAACAGAAUGAGAAUGAAAAAAAUAAGAUGGAUGUAACAGAUUCUAAGAACUUAGAAAGGAGGAGAAUGUCAGCGUCAGGAAAAAAUGAAACGAAUGCGCUGACCAGCGCUCUGAAGCAUGUGUUCUAUAUUCACAAAGAUAUUGUUGCAGACUUAAAGUCAAAACUGGAUGUGGUGACAGAGGCUCAUGAAAAGCUGAAGUGUCAAGUCCAGAAUCAAUCUGCAGUAAGCCCUUCUUCUUGCCAGUCUUGUGUUCAUCUUCAAGAAAUGAACAAAACUCUACAGAGACAUUUCCACAGCCGACUAAAGGACAAGAACGUAAUUAUCAAGCACUUAGAAAACAGACUUCGCACUCUUGGGGAAGAAGUGGAUGGUGGGAGCUUUUCCAUCCCCACAGAUGAAACCUUAACUUCUGAAGAUGGACAUUCCUUGUUGGAGGAUACCUCUGAAACAUACGAAGGUUGUGAACCAGUUGGGACCACCCACCGGAUAGAAACCCCUGUCUCUCGUUCUGACGUUACGUUGCGUAAACAGCACACUAAACUACAGUUGCCCAGGCAGAGAAAGAGACGCUCUCGUUAUGAGGAGCAUCCAGAUGCCAAGAAGGCAAAAGUGUCCCCCACACCAGGAGAAAAGAAACAAAGCGAUGGAGAAACUUUUCUGAGCAAAGUGGUGAACCCCACCCAAACACAGCUGGACCUGCAGUCGAUCCUUGUUCCUGAGACGGAGGUCGAGGCCCGACAGUUUAAUACGGAGAUGCACGAUUUGGUCGUUCCAGAAACCCUCGCUUUAGAUGCUCUCGUUGAGCAAGGAGCACUGUCUCAAGAGGCAGAAGAGUCUGACUUAGAAGAGGAUUAUGAUGGGAAGGAAGGGCAAAUGUCCCACAAGACUGUGACUGGGACGGAUGCCUGUUUGCGUCAAGAGCUGAGACCUCAAAGGGAGGAAGGAAGGAUAUCUAAGACUAAAAAGGGUGACACUUCUAUAGGAGUUGCCUCAAAGUCUAAGCCUUCAGACUGCGUCAUUCCAUCUGUUUCUGUUUCGUCUUUUUCGGAUCUGCACACUGGUGGUGCUGAAGAUAAAGAUACCCUUGCGCAAAUGCAAAACAAUUUCAUUUCUGCUCCUGUUCACACCAGACGAGUGAAGUCAACGCCCCCUGGAGGCCAUUUCAAAGAGCCGACCCCUGUAGUACAGAGGGGCCCCAGCAGUUUGAGGGCGAGUGUGGAAGGAAAUGUCACAAUAACUCCAAAUCUCUCAGAUAUGAAAACACCGGAGACACCAGCAAGUACUUCGCCAAGAAUAUUCGAUGAAGUGAAAGUGUCUAAAGACAAAUCUGCCACUCCUCGCCGAAGUAGCAGCCUUGCUCUUCAAAAGAGAAGACCUGCGCCAAAUAGUCCAGAUCCAGCCCUUUUGCGUGUGGGUAAUAAUUUAACGGCAAAGAAUGAUCUUCACAGAGGAACGAACUUGAAAGAAAAUGUGUCUCCCGAGAAGUCUUUAAGACAAUCCACUAUGACCCAAGCCUUCCAUACAUUUGUGGAAAAGGGGACAAUGAAAUGUAGAGCAGAAGAUUUGAAUGAACAAGAGCAGGAGGAGUUUGAUGAAGCCAUUCAAAGGUCUCUGCAGGACUGUCCAGCUUCCCAGAAUGAUGUAGAUGAAUCAAUCGAUCACCGUGUUAAAACAAAAAAAUCUAGGAGUAGAGGCAAUAAAAGCAGUGACCUAGAUACAGUGAUCACCGUGGAGGACGCUAGCCCUGUUAAAAGUGCUGAUGUCUGCAAAAGCCCAGUAAAAACUAAAAAUCUGGGCAGAGCGGACUUGCUUAAACUUAAGGAAAGAUCUCCAAAUCUACCAGAGUUUUCUCCUCACAAGUUGGUACGUGAUGUGACUUCAGUAAAAAGUGCCAAAAAAGAUUUGUUUGCGAGCAAAACCAAACACACAGUUUCCAUGAUACAAGAAAAGGAAUCUCAAGAAAGGUCACCUUCCAUCUUGUCUUCCCCCGGCGCUAAGUCUAAGCUACCUUGUGAAAAAGGGUCAGUUGCACGUGGGAAGAGUGGGGUGGCAGCAACCAGGCAGGCCGCUAUUAAAAACGUCCACCAAGAACGUUCAGAGGCUGGCACUAACUUUGACGAGACUAUUGCCCCCAAUCUUCUUCAGACUGGCACCAAUACUGGGGAACCCACUGGCGAUGGAGAAUCUGAUGAGGAUGAAGAUUUUUUCACCCUGCCCUCAUUACAAAGUGUUCCCAAAAGGACGGUGCCUGCUGUAAAUGUGAGAGUCAGAACCAGCACAGUGGAAGUUGUUGAAGAUGAGAAUGAUGAAGCUGUUGUUGCUGAAGAUGACGACAGUGAUGCGGAGGAUGAAACUAUCGCUCCCAGUCCUCAACAGAGUCUUCCUGGACAGAUGGGGUCCCAGUUUGCCAGUAGCCUGUCGUACGCUUCAAGGAACUUACUGUCUCUGGCCAAAGAUUCACAACAGCUGCCCUCACGGUAUUUGAGAGGUUCUUUCAAAGCCAGCGGCAAGAGUGACACCCUUGUGAAAUGUGUUGAUGUGAAAGUCAUAGAGGAUGAGGAAGAUGAUGUUGAUGACGGAGAGGCUGACAAGUCUGGUGGAAGUGUCAGAAGCCCUGCUCCUCCUCAGUCUGUGUUUGACAGCUUUGACAGGGUGCCGGCAGAUGAGAGCCGUGAGUUUGCCCACGUGGAGGUGGUGAGGAAGCACAGCGAGAGGAACAAGCUACAGGGCUUCAGCUGUAAACAGUGCCAUGAUUAUUACAAGAACUCUGGUCUGUCCGAGGAAGAAAUGCAGCAGAAAAUGAAGGAGUGUUCUCGGCACAGGGAUAAGUUUCGGCCACCGUCCACUCCGGAACAUUUUUGGUCACUGGGUUUUCCUGACACUGCAGAGUAUUCAGCUAGAGAGUCCAGCAAAGGGCGCAGUGUCAUUGCUCCACGGCCUCCUCGCCGGAGGAGAAAACUGGAGAAAAAGUUCUGAAAACUGAGAGGAGAAUCUGCCGGAGAAGGAAGAGGCCUCAAUGUGAUGAUGGCUGCUGCUGCUGUUGUUGUAUAGAUUUUGUGAUAUCUUGCGUGUACUUUUCUGUAACUUAUGAAAUAUUUGUUGGAACUUUUUGUAUUUGUCUCUUGGCAAUUUUUUUUCCUUUUGUUUUAAAACUGCGAUUUGUUUUAAUAAUUGACAUGGAAGGCUUGAUAUAAUUAGGUCUAGGUAUGUUGGAUUAGUUUCAUCGAUCAUGGGGGGUUGGGAGGGAUUGCCGUUUCAGAUUUUUAGUCACCUUCUAUCUAAAUUUAAAAAGCAUGGAGUUGACUGGCAUUCGUGUAUAAUGCUUGUUGUCUGAAGAUAUUUUCUGAAAAGGGUCAGGCAAGGAGCCCACAGAUUUGUCUAGAUCAGCUGCUGUACAUGAAAGUAAUGUCCUAAAUAUAGUAGUAGAUAUAUCCGAAAGUUUUGUUAGACUUCAAGAAACCUCACACUCUUUUACAGGAAAUGAAACAGAUAUAUAUAUUAAACUGGAGACUGCUUGCAUCUAAAUUUAGUGUCCUAGAGUAGAAGUUUUCUGAAAUGUUAUUCGGCUUCAAGCAGCUUUCCCCCACUUGGAUGAAUUGUACUUAACAGCUUGCACUAAGAAAAUUAAUUCCAUCUUUUUAGACAACAAA